AUGUCUAUGCCUACGUUCGUGUGUGUUCCUGGCUUUUGCCACACUUCAGCUAUAUUUGAUCCCCUCAGAACCCUUCUCGGUCACUACGGUUAUCCUGUCCUUCCAGUCCAGCUUCCAUCAGUACUUACGAAUGGAUCUCACGCAUCAAACGAUUCUGCUCAGGAUACUAGAGCAAUUCGAAGUUCAGUGUCACAUCUUGUAGAAGCAGGCCACGAUGUCAUUGUGGUCCUACAUUCUUAUGCCGGAGUUCCAGGUGGUGAUGCUUUGCAAGGCUUAGGGAAAACAGAGAGAGCACAAAGAGGCCUUAGAGGUGGAGUUCUACGAAUCGUCUUCGUCAUGGCAUGGAUUGUGCAAGAGGGGUUUAAAAUGUGCGAGGAAGGAGACUACAGUUCUUUCCCACCAUAUAUGCAGUAUAAUACAGCUUCACGUAAAAAGGCUGUUACUGUGUCUAUUCCAUCUGCAUCGGCAAUUCAAUACUUUUACAACGACCUACCGCAUGAGCAUGCCGAAUAUUAUGCACAUAUCAUGCGCCCCCAAGCCACAUCAGUGUUAUAUCAUAGAACGACAAUGGCGGCAUGGCGCACAAUUCCCACCACAUACGUUCUGUGUCCAUUAGACAACGUACUAACAGAUGCAUACGCCCGACUCAUGCUUAGUUCGGCCCAAGAAUCAGGUAGUAAUAUCGAUACUAUAGAGGUAUGCGAGGGGCGGGGAGUUGCUGUUGGUUGGGGUCCGGAGCCGAUUCGUUCGCGGGGGUCUUAA